AUGGAUGCCUUCAAAUUAUUAACGCGGUCGACAAAAUUCAAGUCGACUGCGCCAGCUGCAAAGCCAGCUGUCCGACUUCCUUCGUUUGGAAAAGCAGCGAACCCGCAGCUUUUCAGAACUGCAGAGGGUGAAAAGCUUGAAUCGGAACAGGGAAAGAAGAAGAGAAAGCGUGCAAAUGCUGCAGCUGACGAUGAGUCCGAGGAAGAAACCGCUGAUUUGGAUUUCUUUCAUUCCAACAAGCGCUCCGUGGCACCCUCAUCUGAGCCUUCCGCUUCGGCCAAGGGCGAGGAUAAACCAUCUGAUCAAAACGAGUCCGAUGAUGACGAUUCUAUGGAUGAAGUGCAACGCCGCACUAUUCUAAACUCGCACAAAAUCAAGAUUACCGACCUUCGUGACCUGGAUGACAUUCAGCUUCCGCCUGCCUUGGUCAAGGAGUCCAAGAAGGAAUCUAAGAAGAAAAAGAAGUCCAAGAAGGAAGAAUCGCCCGCUACUCUCAGCAAGAAGGAGAUGAAGCGUGCUAGACGAAUGUAUCCCCAGCCGCUAAUUUCAUUCAAGGAGCUGCGGUCUAGAUACAAGAUCUCCAGCCGACUGGCAGAGAAUGUCGCUGGGCAAGGAUUCACUGUGCCUACGGAGGUGCAGCUGGGCAGUCUGCCUCUUCUUCUGGCUGAUCCUUCGGUGUCUACCACCGAAACUACAGAGCCCGACCUGCUGGUUGUCGCACCUACUGGUAGUGGUAAGUCCUUGUCAUUCUUGAUUCCUGUGAUCAACAAGAUUGUUCGACACCACCAUUCGCAAUCAGAUGAGCACGGGAUCCUUUCAGUUAUUGUGGCUCCUACCAAAGAGCUUGCCAGUCAGAUUGUCAACGAAGGCCGGAAACUGGUAGCGGGAACUGGUGUGAAGGUCACUUUGAUGAGAAAGGGCAUGCGAGUGGUCGAGCGAAGCGACGACGACGAGGUCAACGUUCUUGAAGAGGAUGGUGAGGAAUCUGCUGGAUCAGAGGAUGAGGAUGAGGAUGACGACAAACCAAAGAAGGCACAAAAUAACGCACCGAUCACCAAGAGCGACGUAUUGGUUACAACGCCCUUGAUGUUGGUGAAUUCUCUAUCCGCAAACCAGACGAAGCCCUUGGCCCACCUGCCUUUGGUACGGAGCUUGGUAUUCGACGAAGCUGAUGUGCUGUUGGACCCAUUGUUCCGUGAGCAGACACUUGACAUCUGGCGCUCAUGUGUGCACCCGGAUUUGCGCGUAAGUUUGUGGUCUGCCACCAUGGGGUCCAAUGUUGAAGAUCUUACUCGAUCGACAAUCAAAGAGCGUUUGGAAAACAUCAAUCACCGACCUACCACGCCCCAUCCUCUUGUCCGCGUUGUUGUUGGGCUCAAAGACUCAGCGAUUCCCAACAUCGAGCAUCGACUCAUUUACGCUGCGACAGAGCAGGGUAAGCUCCUAGGACUUCGACAACUCCUCCGCCCCGCCGCAGCGUCGCCUGGAGACGUCCGCCUGCGCCCUCCGUUCCUCAUCUUCACUCAAACUAUUCCCCGAGCAAUUGCUCUACAUUCUGAAUUGAGAUACGACAUUCCAGCCGAAGCUGGUGGAUCAUCGCGUAUUGCCGUGUUGCACUCCGACCUCGCCGAUAACCAACGGUCCGAGAUCAUGCGCGACUUCCGCAAGGGCGAGAUUUGGAUUCUCGUCACGACUGAUCUGCUCGCGCGUGGCGUCGACUUCCGUGGUAUCAACGGUGUCGUCAACUACGAUAUCCCCAACUCUGCCGCUGUUUACGUUCACCGCGUUGGACGGACCGGUCGCGCUGGUCGCGAGGGUGGUAUCGCCGUCACUUAUUACACGAAGGAGGAUAUUCCGUACGUCAAGAGCAUCGCCAAUGUUAUUGACGUGAGUGAAAAGCUCCGCGGCGAGGAUGGCGGAAAGUCAAUCCAGAAAUGGCUUCUGAAUUCCUUGCCAGAUCUUAGCAAGAAAGAUAAGCAAGAACUCAAGAAGCACGGUGUCAAGGCGCGCCAGAUCUCUCAGCACAUUGGUGGCAAGGGCGGUGAUGACAAGAAUGAUAGCAAGGCUGCGCGCGCAGCCAGAAUCAGCACCAAGAGUGGCUUUGAGCGACGCAUGGAAAACCGCAAGAAGGGUGCUAUUGCUGCCAGUCGUAACAGAAAAGCGGCUGCUCCAAGUGAUGGCAAUCUGAGUGACGGAAGCUGGAACGGUCUGCAGGACUAA